AUGGCUGACAGAGAGACGCCUCGCAGUGGACGCUCUUCCUCAGCCAAAUCGAAACGCUCCAGCGCUGGCAAACGUCACUCCUCCAAGGGCAAGAAAGACAGGACCACCCCAGCCACCAGCGACUUCCCUGGAGAGAAGCAGGAGGGGGAACCUGAGACUGAGGGUAGUGAAUCUCACCAGGGGAAUGACCAGAGUGUUCUAGAUAAGCCAGGAGAGCUGGACUCACACACCAAAGGCCUGAGGGAGUUGUUUAAGAAGCGUGUCGCUCUGACUGGCGUGACUGAGGACUCCUGGACAGAGGAGAAUCACCAGGCUCUGGACAAAUUCAUCUCAGACACUUCCAUCAGACUCCUCGUAGUUUAUUUGGAUUCCUUUGCUGGUCUGUGUGUUCAGUAUGCCGUACCCAGUCAGGUGGUGGAGCAGCUGUCCUACUUCAUCCGUACAGAGGAUACGUUGAUCAUGGAGGAGAGUUUCGAGAGCUCGGUUCAGUUUGGCUCGGUGCGGGGAGGGGCCAUAGAGAGUCUGCUGCGUCUAAUGAACGGACUGCACAGUCCCCAGGUUACUGUCAGCACCGUGUGGCCCGAGAGCAUCAAGAGCAACUACUUAGCCGACAUGCAUCGCUAUCUCACCACGCUCACGGACACCAGGUUUAAGCUGGUGGGGAACACAGUGCUCUACAUCCCCAUGGAGGCCCUGCAGCACAGCCCUAAGAUGGCUGCAAAGGACAAAGAGCUGGUGCAGAGACUGGAGAUGGUCAUGAUCCACUGGACACGUCAGAUAAAGGAGGUGCUGAACGCCCAGGCCAUGGUGGAGACAGGACGCAGUUCAGGCCCUCUAGAGGAGAUUGCUUUCUGGAGGAGCCGCUGUUUGGACCUGUCUGGCAUCAGCCAGCAGCUGCGGAAACCCGGCGUGCUGCACGUUCAAGCCAUACUGAAGCUCUCCAAGUCUACCUACAUUCUCCCCUUCUGCAGACUAUCCAAGCAGAUCCAGGACAGCUCCACCGAAGCUCAGUCCAAUCUGUCCUUCCUUUCGUUGCUGAGGGAACCCUGUGAGGAACUAUCCCAGCUUAGGCCUUGCGUCAUUCCUCCCAAACUGCCCAACAUCCUCAACCUCAUCCGCUUCAUCUGGGUCAACUCUUCAUACUACAACACCCGCGGGAGACUCACCUCGCUGUUCUGCAAGAUGAACAAUGAAAUUAUCAGGCUGUGCUGUAAAGGGAUCUCUCUGGACAGGAUCUUCCAGGGCUAUGUAACCUCCAGCAAACAAGCUCUCAACGAAUGCAUCCAGUGUUGUCUGGCCUGGAAAGACCUUUACCAGCGCACCGCCACAAUCCACCACAAAUACUCCUCUGUAGGGUGGGCCCUGGAUCACAACAGUAUCUUUGGACUGGUGGAUGCAUUUAUUCAGAGGUGUAAAAACUUACUAGUGGUGUGUGACUGUCAGAGGCAGUUUGCAAGGCGUGAGGAGGGUGAGCAGGUGCCAAUGCCGUGCUUCGCAGGGCCUCAGGGGGCAGAGGUGACGCGUAGCCUGCUGGAUGUGGAGGCCACCUUUGACAAGAACCUACAGGUCCUCCGCUCCGUUCAAAACAGCAUCUUGGACAUCACAAGCACGUCCUGGCACGAGAGCUACAACAGGUUCCUUUCGGGGGUAAGAGAUCUGGAGGUGAUGAUGCAGAACGUAAUCAAUGUGGCCUUUGAGAAGGUGACUUCAGUGGAAGAAGGGGUUAAGCUGAUCGACAUCUUCCAGCACCUGUCUGUUCAAGAGGCCAUUAAGUGUACCCUGGAUAAGAAGACAAUGUAUGUGUACCGUCACCUCUUUCAUAACGAACUGGACUCGGUGAGCAAAGAGCUUUUCCUCAAGAAGUACCAGCUACCAAAACACAUGCCUAUGUACAGUGGCCAGGCUCAGAGGACACGGGGACUGUGCCAACGCAUUGAGAGACCCCUGGAGGCGAUACGGCGUGCCCACUUCAUGCCACAAGUAGGCGGAGUCGAUGAGGUGCUGGUGACCCAGGCUCAGCUGGUCCAGAGCCUGCACGAGACGGAGAGACGGAUUUUCACCGAAUGGAGCCAGAACCUGGACCGGCAGAACCUCAAGAGACUUGACCGGCCUCUGAUGGUCCGCUGCAAGGACAAAGCAGGCCUGCUCGACGUCAACUUUGACAAGGAUUUGCUGAAGAUGUUUAAUGAGAUCCCUUACUGGGAGCGCUUGAUGUUUGAGCUCCCACACUACGUUUUGGACGUGUAUCAGCGCAGGGAGGACCUCCGCAUUAUGAGAGAGAGUGUACUACUGGUCGUCAGAGACUAUAACAGGAUUAUUGAAUCACUGACCCCCGAUGGAUUGGGUCUGUUUCGGGAGCAGAUCCGCUUCCUGGACAAGAAGAUCCAGCCAGGCCUGUCUAAACUGCGGUGGUCCACUAAAGGAGCAUCCAAGUUCUUUAUCAGUGACUGUCGUCUGCAUGCCCGCAAGUUGCAGGCAAGAGUUGAUGAGUAUAAAUCGGCGAACCUGGCCAUCUCGCGGAUCUGUUCUGAGAUCAGUGAGAUGUCACUGGUGCGGAUAGAUGGGAAGACUGUGUACAGAGAUCUUGAGUUUGAGGAAGCCCAGCAGAGCCACCGGCAGAGCCAACUAAACAAGCUGAAAGCUGCACACCAGGACAUUGUCAACAUCAUGGCCGGUGUCUAUGAGACCUUUCGUUCUGACGGUCCUGAGGUGCAGCAGCACUGGGUGGCACACACAGAAAAAGUGGACCGUAUGGUGGAGGAGGCUUUGCGGCUUAACAUUAAAGGGUCUCUCCAGGAGCUCUCCAAGGCCAUCAAUGGAGACAGCAAGACUUCUCCAAAUCCUUUGUUCAGAGUACAGGUGGUACUGCGCCAGGAAACACCUGGCUCCGCAGAACAGGUGGAGUUCUCCCCUACCCUACAGAAGCUGGCUCAGAUAGUGAACAGUGUCUGUGCUCAGCUCAUUAGCACCAUCUCUGUGCUCAGACGCCUUCCUGACCUCCUAACACACCAGCGCUCUCAAAGAAAACCCAUCCACACCAUCAUCGAGCAGGAUGAGGAGAUCUGUAAGAUCCAGUCAGCGGUCGCCGCGGGGAUGACGGCAAAUGCAGCUCACCUGCAGGCCUAUCUGAAGACCUGGGACAAGCACAGGGAAAUUUGGGAGAUUAACAAGGACCCCUUCAUCCGCCGCUACCAGCGCCUCAACCCCCCUGUGUCCUCCUUUGACGCUGACAUUGCCAGGUACACAGAGGUGGCGAAUAACGUGCAGAAAGAGGAGACGGUGCUGAGUGUGCAGUUUGUGCUCUUGGACUGUUCACCAUUAAAAUUCUCCCUGGUGCAGCACUGCAAUGAAUGGCAGAGUAAAUUCACCCAGCUCCUCAGCCUCAUGGCCAGCACUCGCCUUAAAGAGCUGCAUAACUACCUGCAUGAGAACGCUGCCAGGUUGAGCAAGCCUCCUCAGACCCUGGAAGAGCUGGUUGAAAGUCUGAAGCUGCUGGAGACUUUGCAGGCAGACAUGAGUAAGACGGAGAGUCAGAUUCCGCCCAUUCACGAGCAGUUUGCCAUCCUGGAGAAAUACGAGGUCGCGGUGGACCAGUCUGUUCAGGAGAUGUUGGAGGCUUUGAAUGGAGAGUGGGUGUGGUUUCAGCAGGUGGUGAUUGACAGCAAGACCAUGCUGAAGAAACACAAGGACAAGUUCAAAAGCAACCUCAUCUUCUCUGCAGAGGAGUUCAAGAGAAAGAUGCAGACCACUGUGCAAGAUUUCAAUAACACAGGUCCUUUUGGCAGUACGGUGACCUCAGCGUCAGCUCUGGAGCAGGUUGCUGAGCUGCGAUCCCUGCUGGAGACCCUUAAAGAGGAGGAGGGCACUAUCCGUAAUGGCCUGAGCAUCUUUGAAAUAGAGCAGCCACACUCCAAAGACAUCCAGACCCUGGAGAAGGACCUAGACUACCUACAGCAGGUGUGGGAAAUUACUCAGCAAUGGGAAGUUCAUUGGGCGGAGUGGAAAACCGGCCAGUUUGCCUCCCUGCAGACGGAGAACAUGGAGAGCACGGCACAGGCCAUGUACAAGAAACUUCACAAGCUCAGCCGUGAGCUCAAGGACAAACAGUGGGAAAUAGUGGACCACUCCAAGAGCAGAAUCGAACUGUUUAAGAGGACGAUUCCCUUGAUCACAGACCUGAGGAAUCCAGCCAUGAGGGAGAGGCACUGGGAUCAGAUCCGGUAUGAAGCACAGCGAACCUUUGACCAGACCAGUGCUGACUUUACACUGGAGAAGAUUGUGGCUCUGGGUCUAGACCAGCAUGCAGAUCGCAUCUGUGAGAUCUCUGGGGCUGCCAGCAAAGAACUCUCCAUUGAACAGGCACUGGAGGGCAUCACCAAGAACUGGGAAGAGAUAUGCCUGGACAUCGAACCUUACAAAGACAAGGGUCAUCACAGACUGAGAGGCACAGAGGCAGUGUUCCAGGCUCUAGAGGAUAACCAGGUAACCCUGUCGACCAUGAAGGCUUCUCGGUUUGUUCGAGCCUUUGAGAAGGAGGUUGACCGCUGGGAGCGCUGUCUGUCUCUGGUGCUGGAAGUCAUUGAGAUGAUCCUCACAGUGCAAAGACAAUGGAUGUACCUGGAGAACAUAUUUCUGGGAGAAGACAUCCGUAAACAGCUGCCAAGAGAAUCCAGCGAGUUCGAUGACAUCAACUCCAGCUGGAAGUCCAUUAUGGACCGUCUGAACAAGGAUAACAAUGCCCUGAGAGGAACUCACUAUCCUGGUCUGCCUGAGAAGUUGUCUGAGAUGAACUGUAAGCUGGAAGAGAUCCAGAAGACUCUAGACACUUACCUAGAAACAAAGAGGCAGAUCUUCCCAAGAUUCUACUUUUUAUCCAAUGACGACCUGCUGGAGAUUCUCGGCCAGUCCCGUAACCCAGCCGCCGUACAGCCACACCUCAAGAAGUGCUUUGACAACAUCAAGAGCCUCUGUAUUAACAAGGUGGGCAUUAGCAGCAGUAAGUCUGAGGCCAAUGGGAUGUUCUCAGCUGACGGGGAGUUUGUGGACUUUACUCAUCCAGUUCUGCUGGAGGGGCCGGUGGAGGCCUGGCUGUGCGAUGUUGAAAGAACAAUGCGCUGGACUCUGAAGGAGUGCUUGAAGAAUUGUCGCAUGGGUCUAAAGAAGAUGACAGGAAAGAGAGACAAAUGGGUGAAAGACUGGCCAGGACAGAUGCUUAUUACUGCUAGUCAGAUCCAAUGGACCACAGAUGUCACCAAAGCCUUGACCAUCAGUAAGGAGAGAGGUGAUAAAACUGCUCUCAAAUCCAUGAAGAAGAAACAGGUGUCCAUGUUACACCGUUACUCUGAUGCCAUCAGGGGAAACCUGUCCAAGAUCCUGCGGCUGAAGAUCGUCGCCCUGAUAACAAUAGAAGUCCAUGCCCGAGAUGUCAUUGACAAGCUGGCCAAGGCGAGCUGCUUUGACAUCAACUCCUUCGACUGGCUCUGUCAGCUACGCCUCUACUGGGAUAAGGAUAUGGAUGACUGCAUUAUUAGACAGACUAACACACAGUUCCAGUAUGGCUAUGAGUACCUGGGCAACUCUGGUCGUCUGGUCAUCACCCCUCUCACAGACAGGUGCUAUAUGACUCUGACCACUGCCCUGCACCUCCACCGGGGUGGUUCGCCUAAAGGCCCUGCGGGUACGGGGAAGACUGAGACAGUGAAAGACCUGGGCAAAGCCCUGGGCAUGUACGUCAUUGUGGUCAACUGCUCUGAGGGACUGGACUUUAAAUCCAUGGGCCGCAUGUACUCAGGCCUGGCUCAGACCGGAGCGUGGGGCUGCUUUGAUGAGUUUAACCGCAUUAACAUUGAGGUGCUGUCAGUAGUGGCACAGCAGAUCCUGUCCAUCCUGUCUGCUCUCUCCGCUGGAUCCACAAACUUCAUCUUCGAGGGCAGACAGAUACGCCUUAUCUGGUCCUGUGGUAUCUUCAUCACCAUGAACCCUGGAUACGCCGGACGGACGGAACUGCCUGAUAACCUGAAGUCCAUGUUCAGGCCCAUCUCCAUGGUAGUACCAGACUCUACUCUCAUAGCAGAAAUCACUCUGUUUGGAGAGGGCUUCAACAACUGCAAGGUGUUAGCUAAGAAGGUGUUCACCCUGUACUCAUUGGCUGUGCAGCAGCUCUCUAAACAGGACCACUAUGACUUUGGCCUCCGCGCCUUGACUUCACUGCUCCGCUACGCAGGCAAAAAACGCCGCGUCCGCCCUGACAUCGCUGAUGAGGAGAUCCUACUCAUGUCCAUGAAGGAUAUGAACAUCGCAAAGCUCACCUCUGUCGACCUUCCUCUUUUUAACGGCAUCAUCCAGGACCUCUUCCCCGGCGUAGAGACGCCUGUGAUCGACUACGGCAAGCUGAAGGAGGCCAUCGAGCAGGAGCUACAGCACAGUGGCCUACAGGUCACGCCCUUCACCCUCACCAAGGUCAUCCAACUGUACGAGACCAAAAACUCUCGCCAUUCCUCCAUGAUAGUCGGUAAGACGGGCAGCGGAAAGACAGUGACCUGGAAGACUCUUCAGAAUGCCCUCUCGACCUUACACCGCAAAGGGCAGCCUGGCUUCAACCUCGUCCGCGAGUGCCCUCUCAACCCCAAGGCGGUGAGUCUUGGAGAGCUGUAUGGAGAAUAUGACCUUUCCACAAAUGAGUGGACAGACGGCGUUCUCUCCUCUCUCAUGAGGGCAGCUUGUGCAGAUGAGCGGCCUGAUGAGAAGUGGAUUGUGUUUGACGGGCCGGUUGACACACUGUGGAUCGAGAGCAUGAACUCUGUGAUGGACGAUAAUAAAGUCCUCACACUCAUUAAUGGAGAGAGAAUUUCUAUGCCUGAGCAGGUGUCUCUGCUGUUUGAGGUGGAGGAUCUGGCAGUGGCUUCUCCGGCCACAGUGUCACGUUGUGGGAUGGUCUAUAAUGAUUACUCUGACCUGGGCUGGAAGCCUUAUGUGCAGUCUUGGAUGGACAAACGGCAGAAGGUGGAGGUGGAACAUCUGAAGCGCUUGUUUGACAAGUACACAGAGAAGACUAUUCACUUCAGACAGACUCACUGUAAGGAGCUGGUGACCAUCACCGAACUCAAUGGCGUAACUUCUCUGUGCCGACUGUAUGACUCACUGGCCACGCUUGAAAACGGGGUGAACCCUGCAGACUCAGAGCACUAUGGCCGUAUGGUGGAGCUCUGGUUUCUCUUCAGCCUCAUCUGGUCGCUGUGUGCGUCCGUGGAUGAGGAUGGACGCAAAAAGAUCGACAACUUCCUCCGCGAGCUCGAGGGCACCUUCCCCAAUAAGGAUACCAUCUAUGAGUACUAUGUGGACAUCAAGAACAAAUCGUGGGCGUCGUUUGAGGACAAACUGCCCAAGGGCUGGCGUUAUGCCUCCAAUGCUCCAUUUUAUAAGAUCAUGGUCCCUACUGUGGAUACAGUGCGGUAUAACUUCUUGGUAAAGACGUUGGUAUGUGGCCAGUGUCCAGUGCUGCUGACUGGUCCAGUGGGAACAGGAAAAACCUCCGUGGCCCAGAGUGUCCUGCAGGGACUGGACUCGUCCAAGUGGACCAUGCUUACCAUCAACAUGUCCUCCCAGACCACCUCUAACAACGUGCAGGCCAUCAUAGAGAGUCGUGUGGAGAAACGCACUAAAGGGAUCUAUCUCCCAGUGGGAGGGAAGCGGAUGCUGGCUUUCCUGGACGACCUGAACAUGCCAGCAGAGGAUGACUUUGGCUCCCAGCCUCCUCUGGAGCUGCUUAGGCUUUGGAUUGACUAUGGCUUCUGGUACGAUCGACAGAAGCAGACACUUAAAUGUGUCAAGGACAUGUUUCUGUUGGCUGCAAUGGGGCCCCCUGGUGGAGGGAGGACUCACAUAUCAGGCCGCCUGCAGAGUCGCUUCAACCUCAUCAAUAUGACCUUCCCUACGGAGUCUCAGAUAAAGCAGAUCUAUGGCACCCUGAUCAACCAGAAGCUGCAGGAAUUUCACGAGGAGGUGAAGCCCAUCGGUGAGGUGCUGACCCGAGCCACGCUGGAACUCUACUACGCCAUCAUUGGCCGGUUUCUUCCCACGCCAGCCAAGAUCCACUACCUCUUCAACCUGCGUGACAUCUCCAAGGUCUUCCAAGGCCUACUGCGCGCCAACCGGGAUUUCCACGACACCAAGCAGAGCAUAACCCGACUCUGGAUCCACGAAUGCUUCAGAGUGUUCUCAGAUCGACUGAUAGACCACGCUGACCUGGAGGCUUUUGUGGGCCUGUUGUCGGAGAAGCUGGGCUCUCUCUUUGACCUGACCUUCCACAACAUCUGCCCCAACAAGCAGCCACCUAUUUUUGGUGACUUCUUAAAGGAGCCACGCAUGUAUGAGGACUUGGUGGACUUUAAGACCCUGAAGGCAUUUAUGGAAACUCAACUGGAGGAUUACAAUCUGACCCCAGGCGUAGUGCCCAUGAGUCUGGUGCUCUUCCGCGACGCCAUCGAACAUGUCACGCGAAUAGUGCGUGUGAUCAGCCAGCUGCGAGGGAACAUGUUGCUGGUGGGUAUCGGGGGCUCAGGCAGGCAGAGUCUCACCAGGCUGGCUGCCUCCAUCUGUGAAUACUCACUGUUCCAGGUGGAGGUCACCAAACAGUACCGCAAACAGGAGUUCAGAGAGGACAUUAAGAGCCUCUAUCGUCUGACCGGAGUGGACAACAAGCCCACGGUCUUCCUGUUUAAUGACACUCAGAUAGUGGAUGAGUCUUUCCUGGAAGAUAUUAACAACAUCCUCAGCUCUGGAGAAGUGCCCAACCUCUACAAAUCUGAUGAGAUUGAGGAGGUCCAGAGCGCUCUGGCUGACUCAGCCAAAAAUGACAAUAUUCUGGAGACCCCCGACUCCAUGUUUAACUACCUCAUAGAGCGAGUGAGGAAUAACCUUCACAUUGUGCUGUGCAUGAGCCCCGUGGGGGACCCUUUUCGGAACCGUAUACGUCAGUACCCAGCACUGGUGAACUGCACCACUAUUGACUGGUUCUGUGAGUGGCCACGAGACGCUCUACUGGAGGUGGCAGAGAGAUACCUGGAUGGACUGGCACUGGGGAGUACUGAGGGGAUCCAGACCAAAGUGGCCAGUGUCUUUGUGACUAUGCAUCAAUCUGUGGUCCAGUUCUCUGAGAGGAUGAGGGUGGAGCUAAAGAGACGCAACUACGUCACACCCACCAAUUACUUGGAGUUGGUGUCUGGAUAUAAGAAGUUGUUGGCAGAGAAGCGCAGUGAGCUGGGGGAGCAGGUGUCCAAGCUGAGGAAUGGGUUGUUUAAGAUUGAUGAUACACGCAGUAAGGUUGAGGCCAUGUCUGUGGAGCUGGAGGAAGCUAAGAAGAAAGUGGCGGAGUUCCAGAAGCAAUGUGAGGAGUACUUGGUCAUCAUCGUCCAGCAGAAGAGAGAGGCAGAUGAGCAGCAGAAGGCAGUGAGUGCCCACAGUGAAAAGAUAGGAGCAGAGGAGAUUAAAUGUAAAGCGAUGGCUGAGAAUGCUCAGAGAGAUCUGGACGAGGCCCUGCCAGCUCUAGAGGAGGCUAUGAAGGCGCUGGAAUCUCUGAAUAAGAAAGAUAUGACGGAGAUAAAAUCUUACGGUCGACCUCCAGCACUGGUGGAGACAGUUAUGCAAGCUGUUAUGAUCCUGAGAGGAACAGAGCCUACCUGGGCAGAGGCCAAGAGACAGCUAGGUGAAGGAAACUUCAUUAAGCAGCUGGUCCAUUUUGACAAGGACAACAUCUCAGACCGCGUGCUGAAGAAGAUCGGCCAGUACUGCAUGCAACCCGACUUCCAGCCAGAGAUCAUCGGCCGAGUGUCGCUGGCCGCCAAGUCCCUCUGCAUGUGGGUCCGCGCAAUGGAGGUGUAUGGGAGAAUCUACAGAGUGGUGGAGCCUAAGAGAGCCAGGCUGAAUGCAGCUAUGAGUCAGCUGGCUGAGAAACAGGCAGCGCUGGCAGAGGCCCAGGCCAAACUCAGAGAGGUAGGGGAAAAGCUAGAUCAGUUAAAGAAGCAAUAUGAUGAGAAGUUGGCUCAGAAGGAGGAGUUGCGUAAGAAGUCUGAGGACAUGGAGCUGAAACUGGACCGAGCUGACAAACUGGUUUCUGGACUGGCUGGGGAGAGAGUCCGCUGGGAAGAGACAGUAGUGGGGCUGGAGAAGAAUAUGGGAUAUCUGGUUGGAGACUGUCUGUUGGCUGCUGCUUUCCUGUCCUACAUGGGCCCCUUCCUUUCCAACUACAGAGACGAACUGGUCACAAACAUUUGGAUGAAACAGAUAAGGGAGUUGGAGAUUCCGUGUUCUCCAGGCUUCAGUUUUGCCGUAUUCCUGUCUAAACCCACGUCAGUGCGAGACUGGAAUAUUCAGGGCCUGCCGUCCGACGCCUUCUCCACUGAGAAUGGUGUCAUCGUUACCCGCGGCAAUCGAUGGCCAUUAAUGGUGGACCCUCAAGGACAAGCUCUAAAGUGGAUUAAGAACAUGGAGAGUAAAAAAGGGUUGAAGGUGAUAGACCUGCAGAUGCCGGACUUCCUCCGUGUCCUGGAGAACGCCGUGCAGUUUGGCUCUCCAGUUCUGCUGCAAAAUGUUCAGGAGGAACUGGACCCCUCCCUAGCCCCCAUCCUUAACAAGUCCCUCACACGAGUCGGUGGGCGGCUUUUGCUGAAGCUUGGGGAUAAGGAAAUCGAAUACAGUCCAGAGUUCCGUUUCUACAUCACCACCAAGCUCUCAAAUCCACACUACACACCCGAAAUCUCCACCAAAACUACUAUCGUCAACUUUGCAGUCAAGGAACAGGGUCUGGAAGCUCAGUUGUUGGGGAUUGUGGUGAGGAAGGAGCGCCCUGAGCUGGAAGAGCAGAAGGAUUCUCUGGUGAUUAACAUCGCCUCAGGCAAGAGAAAACUGCAGGAACUCGAGGAUGAGAUUCUCAGGUUGCUGAAUGAAGCGACUGGCUCUCUCCUGGACGACGUACAGCUGGUGAACACUCUGCAGACCUCCAAAGUCACGGCCACCGAGGUGUCAGAACAGCUGGAGAUCAGCGAGCAAACUGAGAUCAAAAUCGAUACUGCCCGAGAGGCGUACCGUCCAUGCGCCCAGAGAGCCUCCAUCCUGUUUUUUGUGCUGAACGACAUGGGUCAUAUAGACCCCAUGUAUCAGUUUUCCCUGGACGCCUACAUCGACCUGUUCAACCUGAGCAUCGAGAAGAGCCAACGCAGCCACAAACUGGAGGAAAGGAUUUCCAACCUCAAUGACUACCACACCUAUGCGGUCUACAGGUACACCUGUCGUGGACUGUUUGAGUGCCACAAACUGCUCUUCAGCUUCCACAUGUGCGCCAAGAUCCUGGAGGUCGCGGGCAAACUCAAUAUGGAUGAGUACAGCUUCUUCCUCAGAGGGGGACUGGUGCUGGAUAAGGAGGGUCAGAUGGAUAACCCAUGUACCGGCUGGCUGUCUGACUCCAACUGGGACAAUGUGACAGAACUGGACAAACUGACCAACUUCCACGGACUCAUGACCUCAUUUGAACAGUACCCACGGGAUUGGAACUUGUGGUACACCAGCCCAGAGCCUGAAAACGCCCAACUGCCAGGAGAGUGGGAGAACAGCUGUAAUGAACUCCAGAAGAUGUUGAUUGUACGCUCUCUGAGGCAGGAUCGCGUAUCUUUCUGUGUCACUUCCUUCAUCAUCAAUAAUCUGGGCUCACGUUUUGUAGAUCCACCCGUUCUUGACAUGAAGGCUGUGGUGGAAGAUUCGACCACGAAGACCCCUCUAAUCUUUGUGCUGUCUCCGGGAGUGGACCCCACCACUGCUCUGGUACAGCUGGCAGAGAGCUCGGGGAUGAGCCAACGCUUCCGUGCCCUCUCUCUGGGCCAGGGCCAGGCCCCCAUCGCCGAAAACAUGAUCGCAGAGGGCGUCAAGAACGGACACUGGGUCUUUCUGGCUAACUGUCACCUGUCUCUGUCAUGGAUGCCACAGUUAGAUAAGCUGGUGGAGCAGCUGCAGGUGGAGAAUCCUCACCCCGACUUCAGACUGUGGCUCAGCUCAUCUCCCCACCCUGAUUUCCCAAUAGCCAUACUGCAGGCAGGCAUUAAAAUAACCACAGAGCCUCCUAAGGGAGUGAAAUCAAAUAUGAAACGUCUAUAUCAGCUGGUGACGGAGGCUCAGUUCAGUCGCUGCACGCGGCCAAUCUUCUACCGCAAACUCCUCUUCGCCCUCUGCUUCUUCCACAGCGUCCUCCUCGAAAGGAAGAAGUUUCUGCAGCUGGGCUGGAACAUCGUCUAUAGUUUCAACGACUCUGACUUUGAGGUGAGCGAGAACUUGAUGAGCCUGUAUUUGGAUGAGUAUGAGGAGAUCCCCUGGGAUGCUCUCAAAUACCUGAUUGCAGGGAUCAACUACGGAGGUCACAUCACCGACGACUGGGACCGUCGCCUACUCACCACCUACAUUAAUGACUACUUCUGUGAUGGAACGGUCAACACACCCUUCUUUAAGCUCUCCUCUCUGUCUACGUACUAUAUCCCACGAGAUGGUCCUCAGUCUUCCUAUAGAGAAUACAUUAGCCUGCUACCACCCGUGGAGCACCCAGAGGUGUUCGGCCAGCAUCCCAAUGCAGACAUCGCCAGCCAAAUCGCCGAGACCCGCACGCUUUUUGACACACUCCUCUCACUGCAGCCUCAGGUCACCAGCAGCACAGCCUCUGGAGCAGGGCCCAGCCGAGAGGACAAGGUGUUGGAGCUGUCUGCAGACGUCCGACAGAAGAUCCCCGCUCAGCUGGAUUAUGAGGGCACCAGGAAGCUGCUGCAGGAUGAACCCUCACCUCUUAAUGUAGUUCUACUGCAGGAGAUUCAGAGAUACAACGCCCUACUGCACACCAUCAGGUCAUCUCUGAUUGAAUUAGAGAAAGGUAUUAAAGGUCUGGUUGUGAUGUCAAGUAAUCUGGAGGAAAUUUUCCACUAUAUCCAUGACGCUCGUGUUCCCCCUCUGUGGGAAAAGGCGUACCCAUCUCUGAAGCCGUUAGCCUCAUGGACGCGAGAUCUGUGCCAACGAGUGGAGCAGUUUGCCCACUGGGCAGAGACGGCUCACCCACCCGUGCUCUUCUGGCUGUCCGGCUUUACCUUCCCCACUGGCUUCCUCACCGCUGUCCUACAGGCCUCUGCCCGGCAGCAUAACGUGUCAGUGGACACUUUGUCCUGGGAGUUCAUUGUUUCCACGGUGGACGAUAACAACCUCUUAUUCCCUCCUAAGGAUGGAGUGUUUAUCCGAGGGCUGUAUCUAGAGGGGGCGGGCUGGGAUAAGAAGAACUCCUGUCUGGUGGAGGCUGAGCCCAUGCAACUGGUCUGCCCAAUGCCUACCAUCCACUUCAAACCUGUGGAGAACCGCAAGAAGAUAGCCAAGGGUAUGUACUCCUGUCCGUGCUACUACUUCCCCGUGCGCUCAGGUGGGGCUGGUCGACCCUCAUUUGUCGUGGCAGUGGACCUGAAGUCCGGAGCUGUUUUGUCCGACCACUGGAUAAAGAGGGGAACUGCUCUGCUGAUGAGCCUGGAUAACUGA